GUUCCCCGAGCCGCGCCCGCAGCCAGCCAGCGGGGCAGCAGCGCCGGGAGGGAUGCAGGGCGGCGGGGAGAGGGCAGGGGCGGCCCCCGCGCCGCUGUGAGCCCCGGGUUGCGGCAGGCGCAACGAGGGGACAUCUCUCGGAGUGUCCCCGCCGGCCUUGUGCCUCACGUACGGCAGGAAGCACCGCCGCUCGGCUUUCCAACUCCGGCAGCGGCCGCGCAAGCACAGCCCUGAUGCCCGGCGGGGCGGUGGGGCCGCCGCUCGGGCGCUCGGCUCUCCGUUAGAAGGCGGCGGCCCCCUCGGGCUGGAUGCGUGGCAGCAGUACGGGAGGUACCCCCGGGCCGGCCCCGGCCGCCGGGGCCCCGCGGUGCUAGGGGCCGCCUGGGCCCCCCGGGCCGGCCCGGCGGCGGAUCGGGGAUGCUGGCGCUGGGGCAGAUGGACGGCGCGCCCCGGCAGGGAGCCUUCCUGCUGGGCAGCCCGCCGCUGGCCGCCCUGCACAGUAUGGCCGAGAUGAAGGCACCGCUCUACCCCGCGUACACCCUGCCCGCCGGGCCCGCCUCCUCCUCCUCCGCGUCCGCCUCGCCCGCCUCCGCCUCUCCCUCUCCGCCGCUCGGUUCUCCGGGCCUCAAGGCGCCCACCGCCGCCGCCUCCUCCUCCUCUUCCUCGGGCACCGGCGGGCUCUCGGCGCUGGGCUCGGCCCCGCCGCAGCUCUCGGCAGCCACCCCUCACGGCAUCAACGAUAUCCUCAGCCGGCCCUCUAUGCCCCUGCCCGGGGCCGCACUCGCCUCGGCCUCGCCCUCCUCCUCCUCGGCGGCCCCCACCGGGCUGCUGGCCGGACUGCCUCGCUUCGGCAGCCUCAGCCCCCCGCCGCCGCCGCCUCCUGCCCUCUACUUCAGCCCCGGGGCUGCCGCCGCUGCCGCCGCUGUGGCCGCCGGGCGCUACCCGAAGCCGCUGGCCGAGCUGCCCGGCCGGACGCCCAUCUUCUGGCCGGGCGUGAUGCAGAGCCCGCCCUGGAGGGAUGCUCGACUCGCCUGUGCCCCCCAUCAAGGCUCAAUUUUGCUGGAUAAAGACGGAAAAAGAAAACAUACCAGACCCACUUUUUCUGGCCAGCAGAUUUUCGCUCUGGAAAAGACUUUCGAGCAGACGAAAUACUUGGCGGGCCCGGAGCGAGCCCGGCUGGCCUAUUCGCUGGGGAUGACCGAGAGCCAGGUCAAGGUCUGGUUCCAGAACCGACGGACCAAGUGGCGGAAGAAACACGCGGCGGAGAUGGCGACGGCCAAGAAGAAGCAGGAUUCGGAGACGGAGCGGCUGAAAGGAGCUUCAGAGAACGAGGAGGAGGAUGAUGACUACAACAAACCCCUGGACCCCAACUCGGACGACGAGAAGAUCACACAGCUGCUGAAGAAACACAAGCCGGGGGGCAGCGGGUUGCUGCUGCACCCCCCGGAGGGGGAGACUUCCGCCUAGCCCCCCCCGCCCCUCGCAGAUCGCCGCCGCUGUCGGAGAUGUACAGAUCUAUUUUUGUAGACUCUACACGCCCGGGAGAAAGAGGAGGAGAAGCCGGAGGGGAAGCAAAGAGGACUGCGGUGGAGCGGGCGAGCCCGUUUCCCCUCUGGCUCUCAGUGUUUGUUGUAGGGGAGCGGUGGGGGCUACCCCGGCGACACCCCCCUUCUCCUCAUCCCACCCCGGUGGCCCCGGGUCCCGCUCCCGGUUGUUGCGGCGGCCGCUCUUUGUAAAUAAACCGUGAGUCACCGCGACCACAGGCGUUCUUUACUGUGAAUAUUUAAAAUGUAAAAUACCUUCUUUUUUUUUGUACAGCGGGGGCCGCCGCACUUCACCCCCCCGGCCCCAGGCCCAUCCUGCUCCCCUCCGGGAGCCCCAGAAACGGGCAGCAACAGAGCCACCGAAGGGAAACUCGCCCCCGUGGCUGCCCCCGGGCCCAAAUAGCAGCGGGCCCCGUGUGCUAUUUAUUCGUAUUUUUUGAAACACAUCGUGCAAAGGGGGAAGGGGGUGGGGGGAGGGAGAGGGAACAGAGUCUGAGUCACUUACACCCCCAAAAAUCAACCUCGGGUUGACGGAGUAGCUGGUGGGAAUUGUCACAACCACUUCCAGUCAGAAUAUAAAAUUCAUUUAGUUGCUCUCAUUGAAUUCAAAGUGUGUUUUCUUUCCUUUUUUUGUACCGUGUGGAAUACUCGAGAAUGUAAAUCGUUUCCCCCUCCCCCCUUUCA